CAUUGCAUUGUACAAACAUGUAUUUCAGACUAACAUGAAAAGGGGAAGGGUCCUUCUUUUUUUUUUUUUUUUUUCUUUUUUUUUUUUCCUCACAAAGCAUCUGAUUCAAUUUAUCUGAAAUGUUUCUCUAUCCCUUUUAAAAUUGUUGACUUUGUUUUAAAAGCGAGGGAUAAAUCAACAGAGAAUAUUGGAUUUUGCUCUCUGACGGCAGAUAAGGACAUAGCUAUCUAAAUAAUACUUGUGUAAACUGGAUCGAUGUGUGAACUUUGAAACGUGGCGUUUAUUUUUUAGAGUAUACAAGCUGACGCCGCACAUUUAAACCACAUGACUAAACCUGUACAAGAAUGUCUAAAUAUCAGGGUGGCCAUAUUGGAUUUACGGCUGAGGAAAAACCAUGUGUGCCUAUCACAGUGCCAUAAAACUGUUUAAAAGUGUAUGAGAUCAUUGUUUCAAUGAUCAAAAUAUAAUUUAUGUGAAAGAUCUGCCUUUGCUUUCACUGAUCAUAAUGUAUGCAGUUCUGAUGAAGGAGGGGUUGUAUCUUUGAUACCAGAAAUGCUGCACCCCCGGCGUAGUGCCCAGGACGUCCUACAGUGUGAUCUCUGUAAAACUGUCCCCCAAAGUCGCUGUGAACCUUGUAAUGUCGACUUAUGCAACGCCUGUGUUGGGAAACAUAUUUCUGAUUUAUCUAAAAUACACAAUGUCAUGUCCUCCCUACAAAGAAAGUCUACUCCUAGCUACCCAAAAUGUCCGAAACAUGCGAAUAAACACAGUGAACUUUACUGUGAGAAAUGUGACAUUCCUGUCUGUUCUACCUGCGCUUCAGAAAAACAUAGAGGGCACAAUUUAUGUGAAGUUCUUGAAAAUAUCAGCUCUAAUUUAGAGGAACUAGAGACCAGAAUUUAUCCUCGAUAUGAAAAAAUGGUUUCCGAUCUCCAAACUGAGAAAGACGAGUUGCAAACGAAUUAUGGGAAACUGAUAACAGCUACCGACCAACAAGGAGAAGUCUUGCACCGAGAGAUAACCGCCAUUGUUGACCAACGAAAAUCAGACAUCGAGAAGAUAAAAAAUAAACAUAGGGCUGUUUUAGAUAAAAAUACAGAUGAAAUUACAAACAGAAUUACAGAACUUAAAAAGAUCAUUGAGGACCUGAAGAAAAUACUGAACACCAAGGACGCCUCUCUAAUCUCUACUUACAAAUCUAAGAAUGGCGAGUUCCGACAAUUGCCCCCUAAAGUUCAAGUUACAUCACCAAGUUUCUCUCCUUCCAAAAUAGAUAAAGAUCACCUCAAUAAAAUGUUUGGUUCUAUGUCAUCGUUGUCCAUUAUAACAGAAAAACAAGGCUACACAUCGAAGUCACCAGAAGCUAUAUCGUUUCCUCCAGUUAAACCACUGCUUGAUGAACCGCGACUCACCGCUUCCAUAGACACUGGAUAUGGAUGCAGACUACGCAGUGUUAGCUGUCUUAGUGAAAACAAAGUCUGGACAUGUGGAGAUAACAAAAUCAUGAAGCUUCUUAACCUCCAGGGUACACAACUGACAUCAAUACAAACCGAGUCAGGGGACACACCAGAGGACAUAACAGUGACACAGGACGGCGAUCUUGUUUAUACUGACUAUAAUAAUAAAACUGUAAACCUAGUAAAGAAUAAACAGAUACAGACCGUGAUCACACUACAGGGGUGGAUACCUGACAUUCUACUGAAGUGGAUACCUUUCAGACGACAAAGGUGGACACCUCGCUAUGUCUGCAAUACCUCAUCUGGAGAUCUCCUGGUUACCAUGAUCAGUGAUGAUAGAAAACAAUCCAAAGUUGUGCGUUACUCUGGCGCCAAAGAGAAACAAACCAUUCAGUUCGAUGAACAGGGUCAACCUCUCUUUUCAUCUGGUGGUUAUAAAUACAUUAAUGAGAACAGGAACCUAGAUAUAUGUGUGGCUGACAUUGCCGCUAAAGCAGUAGUGGUGGUCAAUCAGUCAGGAAAACUCCGAUUUCGAUACACUGGUCAUUACUCUAAUACCAAGAAAUCAUUUACUCCAGUCGGCAUCACUUCAGACAGCCAGAGUCACAUUCUGACAGCAGACUGGUACAAUGACUGUAUCCAUAUCCUAGAUCAGGACGGACAGUUCCUCCGAUACAUUCAGAACUGUCAAUUACGCCGUCCAUUAGGUUUAUGUGUGGAUAUCAGAGACAACCUCCUCGUGGCUGAGGACACUGGUUAUCUCAAGAAGAUCCAAUAUCUUUAAAACACAGUGUUAAUUACACAUCUAACCAAUAUGUUAAUUGCGUCUCUAAAGCAGCCAUCAUUACAGUUAAUUACAGUUAAUUUCACCUUUGUGUUAAUUUCAGCAUGGUGUUAAUUAUACAAGUGUUGAUGAAGUGUGACUAUUGUAUUGACUGUAGAUCUGUGUUAGUUUCACCUUUGUGUUAAUUCCAGUAUGUUGUUAAUUACAUAAGUGUUGAUGAAGUGUAACUAUUGUAUUGGCUGUAGAUCUCUGUUAAUUUCACCUUUGUGUUAAUUCCAGUAUGGUGUUAAUUACAGAAGAGUUUAUGAAGUGUAACUAUUGUAUUGGCUGUAGAUCUGUGUUAAUUUCACCUUUGUGUUAAUUCCAGUAUGGUGUUAAUUACAGAAGAGUUUAUGAAGUGUAACUAUUGUAUUGACGGUAGAUCUGUGUUAAUUUCACCUUUGUGUUAAUUCCAGUAUGGUGUUAAUUACAGAAGAGUUUAUGAAGUGUAACUAUUGUAUUGACGGUAGAUCUCUGUUAAUUUCACCUUUGUGUUAAUUCCAGUAUGGUGUUAAUUACAGAAGAGUUUAUGAAGUGUAACUAUUGUAUUGGCUGUAGAUCUGUGUUAAUUUCACCUUUGUGUUAAUUCCAGUAUGGUGUUAAUUACAGAAGAGUUUAUGAAGUGUAACUAUUGUAUUGACGGUAGAUCUCUGUUAAUUUCACCUUUGUGUUAAUUCCAGUAUGGUGUUAAUUACAGAAGAGUUUAUGAAGUGUAACUAUUGUAUUGGCUGUAGAUCUGUGUUAAUUUCACCUUUGUGUUAAUUCCAGUAUGGUGUUAAUUACAGACGUGUUUAUGAAGUGUAACUAUUGCAUUGACCGUAGAUCUGUGUGUUGAUCAUACAGUUUUAACUUGCUGUUGUUUACUAAUUAAAGUUUUCAAUAUCUGUAUUAUUAUAGUAAGUUUUGGGUACUGAUAUGAACGUGUUACUAAUUAUUUAUAUACAAUUGCAUUAAUGAGCAUCUAAAAACAAGUUAAAUAAUACAAUUUAAUAAAGAUGUUCUGGUGUAUCCAGGGAUCCGUGUUU